AUGCGAGUUUUGAAAGAGUAUUCGAUUUUUGAUGUUGAGCAGCAUUGUACACACGAAGAUUUGUGGAUUAUUUAUAAAGAUAAGGUUAGUUGAACUUUUGGUGAAAAUUUAUCAAGAAAUGGCAAAUUGAGAAAGGGGAAAGUGGUGUCAAAAAUAGUUAAUUAAAAAUCAAAAAUCACCUGACACGUGACCCGGUAAACGGCGUUUUGAAAUUCAUUUUUGAUAAUUUUUGAAUACGAAAAUGAGCCAUUGAACUAAGAAGACACGUUGAAAAAAAUGCUCCAAUUUUCAGUGAGUUUCCGAUUUAUUUUUCCAGGGAAAUCUAGAAAAAAAACAAACUUUGAGCGUAUUUCAAAAAAUCUGAAUAUUUUUUCUCAAAACUUUUAAAUUAUAAUGUUCUAUUCAAAAAAGAAUUCGUUCAAUCCAAAUAAAAAAUAACCAUUCUUCCGAAUGAAAUUUCGAUUUUUUUAAUUCAAAUACUGAAAUCAGAGAUCCUCGUGAAUUUCACGUGCUCUCAUAAAUGUUUAGCCGUCUGAUGUUCCAAUCGGAAUUGGAUAUCGGAAACUAUUAGAACGUAGAAAUUUGCAAUCAAAAAUCAGCCGGUUUAGCCUUGAAAUUCAAAAAAAUGUGAAUCUCACAAAUUUCUGAGCUCUGCUCUAGAAACUAUCAAAACAAAAUACAAUUUUCUCUACUCGCUAACGCGGAACUUCCUGAAACAAACAAAUUCCUAUUUACAUCUAUGUACAUUUCCAGGUCUACAACAUGACAUCGUAUUAUAACAUGCAUCCGGGUGGAUUGGCAAUUCUUCGAUAUGCCGGAAGAGUGAGUUUGGGGGAACUUUUUGAUAAGAAAUCCCCAGGGAGAAUUGCAAGAUCAAAAAACAAAAAACUUUCUCUUUUCAGGAUGCAACUCUUGCUCUCCCAUUUGUCUCAGCUCACAGUUUUGCUUGGUCAAUAAUCGAGAAAAAACUUGAAGAAUGUUUAAUCGGUGUUGUCAAGAGAUAA